UGUGCCGAUGUAGAGGAGAGGCUAGUGAGUCACCUUUUGUCCCCAGAUCGCUACAAUAAACUGAUCAGACCAGCUGUCAACACCAGCCAACAGGUCACCAUCUACAUCCAGGUGUCUCUGGCUCAGCUCAUCAAUGUGAAUGAGAGAGAGCAAAUCAUGACUACAAACUGUUGGCUCUCACAGGUUUGGAAUGACUAUAGAUUAAUGUGGAAUCCAGAAGAGUAUGAAGGGAUCAAAAAAAUACGUCUCCCAUCACAGCACAUCUGGCUGCCUGACAUUGUCCUUUACAACAAUGCUGAUGGAACCUACGAAGUGUCCUUCUAUUCUAACGCUGUUGUCUCUAACAAUGGGGAAGUGGCUUGGCUCCCUCCGGCCAUCUACAAAUCAGCUUGCAAGAUUGAAGUGCGAGAUUUCCCGUUUGACCAACAGAAUUGCACUCUCAAGUUCCGCUCAUGGACUUACGACCACACAGAAAUUGACCUUAUUUUGCUCAGUGACUAUGCCAGCCGUGAUGACUUCAAACCCAGUGGAGAGUGGGAUAUAGUUUCUCUGCCUGGACGCAAGAACGAAGACCCGGAUGACAUUCGCUAUCUGGAUAUCACCUAUGAUUUUGUGAUCAAGAGGAAACCAUUGUUUUACACCAUUAACUUGAUAAUCCCUUGUAUCCUCAUAACAUCUUUGGCUAUUUUGGUUUUCUACCUCCCAUCGGACUGUGGCGAGAAAAUGACUUUGUGUAUCUCGGUUCUUCUUGCGCUCACUGUGUUCUUACUUCUGAUCUCAAAAAUAGUCCCACCCACAUCGCUUGCAGUGCCUCUGAUUGGGAAGUACCUCAUGUUUACAAUGGUUUUGGUCACAUUCUCCAUUGUCACCAGUGUGUGUGUGCUCAAUGUCCACCACCGCUCACCCAGCACCCACACCAUGCCUCCUUGGGUCAAACGCAUUUUUCUACACCGCCUCCCUUCGUUCCUGUUCAUGCGGAGACCUGGAAGUUCCAACAUCCGAGAGAAAUUCCGGAAAAAGCACCAGCACCGGUCCUAUACAGAUAAAAAGCUGGACAGAAGCUGCCCCUCUCCAAUUGCAGGGUCUUCCUCAUCAUUUUAUGUGAAUGAGGAAUCAGCCAAGCGCUACGGCUGGAAGGGUGGUCUGUCAGAGAACUCAGAGUUCAGAAAGAGAUUGACCCUCAAGAGUAAUAUAGACGUGGAGGAUGCUGUGGAUGGAGUGAGGUACAUUGCAGAAAAGAUGAAGAGUGAGGAUGAUGAUGAGGGGAUCAUUGAGGACUGGAAGUAUGUUGCCAUGGUAAUUGACCGUCUCUUCUUGUGGAUCUUCGUUCUGGUGUGUGUGAUUGGGACCAUGGGCCUCUUCAUGCAGCCCCUAUUUCAGAGUUACAACACUCCCAUAGUCGAGGACAUGGAGCAGAGCGGAUCAUAAGCUUUACCCUGGCGGUGACCCUGAUGCUAACAGCCCUGCAGGCACUGAGCAAACACACACUAGUGCUAUACUGUAUGUUCGCCUCAAAACACUGUCUGUCUGGGACAUUUUGCACUUUAGCCCCCGCCCUGUGCUACUGUUGUAUCCAGCGUUAGACCCUUUUCUUUUGCAGUGCCACCACCCUGAGACAGAAUUUUAAGAGAAACUGACUGCUCUAGUAAGGUAGUGUGCACUUCAAUUGUCCCAAAGAAUCAAAUGGCCAAAUCAGAAUUAUGUUUACUUUUUAUAAUUUUCUAUAAUUUAAUUUAACAUAAGGGGCAUUUUGACUUUUUCAGUGAUUUGCUCUCCACAGUAUUAGCAUGCAUAAACAGUACACUGUGACUUGCUUUAAUUGUAAUUCCUUGUUUUGUUUUUUUUAUUUUCAAAAAUUUUAUUGCUGGGCCUAAUCUUGAUCACUUCUGAAACCUCCUACUCUUAAUAGUUUGCAAAUAUCAAUGUCUGAAUACUAUUCUUUUCCAAAUAGCACAUGUGUAUAAAUACCUGAGAAAAGUGUCAUUCAAAAAUACUUUUGACUGAUCCUAAGACUGAAGCCUACCAUAUUGUGUUUGGACUAUAAAAACCUUACCAUAUAUUACCUUCACUUUUACACAACCAUUUACGGCACUUGUAUAACAGACAUUGAGUUAAUAAAGUGUUCAAAUGUUACUUCUUUCUAUCCGCUGCCCCCUUGCUUCCUAUCAACUGAAUCUUUCUUGACCAAACAUUGCUCUUCUAUCAAAAUUUUAAGUUCCAUGCAGGGUUUUCCUGAUUUGAGCAACACAUAUUUUGUUUGCAUCACUACCUCAGCAGCUGAACCAACCCACUCUCCUCUUAAAUGACCUCAUAGAAAACUUUACACAGCAAUAAUAUAGCUGAGACACAACAAUAGUAACCACAGCAAAUAUUCAAGUAAACAAUUUAAGCUGCUGCUCUUUGGGCUAAUUUGAUCCUUGUGGCUUUACUGCAUUUUUUAAAUUCAUGUCACACCUUGAAUAUUAUCACCAACAGUUUAAUAUUCAGUGAUUUGUGCUGACAGAGAAGACUUGUGCCUGUUUUUGUGUGGAUCAACCUAGUAAUACCAAUUAUAAUGUUGCCUAUGCUUAUUUUUGCAUUUUGAUUUAAACAAUAUAGUUUGUAAUUUAUAAUGGUAUGACAUCACAUGGACAUAACAAUAACUUGUGUAUGACUUUCAACUACUGUAUGUGUCUCUCAGGAGAGGACUUGCUUGUUUCCAUUGCCACUGUGUGUUUUCUGAAACUUGAGCCAAGAUUAUAGUGUUCUAAUGUACUCUCCUGUCCUGGCUGUGUCCAGCUAAAGUGUAAUGUACUAAUCCAGUCAUCGUGAUCACUGAGUGGAUCGAGUGAACAGGUUUUCCUCUUGCUAUAAUGUGUGCGUGUGUGUUGUAUAUGACAUUUGAAGGGAAGUGACUGUGAUGGGACCUGAUAACCUUAUAUCAAUCAAUAAAGAAAGCAACGUGUUUAUAGUACUUUCUUUUUUAACAUUAAACAUUUCUUCCAGUACAAAAUACAUGUGAAAUCUAAAAUCAUCCAUUUCUAAUUAUCAAUGAUUAUCUUGGGUCUACAGCCAAUUCUCUGGCAGUGAAGCAUGUGGUGUGUAG